GUCUGGUUUUUAUAAGUUAGAGUCGAAAUGUCGGAGUAAUUAAACCAGAUCAAACGUAAAAAAUGUUGAAGCCGAGUAACAACAACACCACCAGCAAGGAUCUACCCAGACAAUAAGCGCCUACGAUUCCACGAUGUCGGAGUCUCAGGAAACUCCAGCGGUGGUGGAAAAUCCGGACUCGGACAUCGUGACCGAGGAGGACCAAAAAUUUCUGGACGAUUUUCUGAAGGAAACGGAGCAGCGACUCGCUGCCAAGGAAGAAAUUCGCGUGACCAAUGCGAACGCUAGCCGACCUCCUGACUCGUACUUCAGCAAGCUCGACUCCAGCCUCAAGCGCAACACCACCUUUGUCAAGAAGCUCAAGACCUUUGGUGGUCCCCAGGUAGACGCCUUUAUGAAGGACAUGGUAAAUUUAAACCUCACCAAGUACGUGAGCGAAGUUGCCAGUGCUCUUGUCGAUGCCAAGCUGAAAAUGACGGACGUAGGACCUGCCAUAAGAGUGUGCAGCUUCUUGCAUCAAACCUACGCAGAGUUCUCGUCGCACUUCUUUGAGAACUGGCAAAAGAUUCUGUCCAUCAAAGUCAGCGACAAGAUUGCCAAUCCUAGCAAGCUCAGGGUUGAUUUACGGUUCUAUGCCGAGCUUAUUAAUGCAGGUAUCUUCACCCACAAACAGGGGCUACCUCUCUUGGGCUCUGUGCUGAUGGUCCUUAUCAAUAUGGACAAAGAAGAGCAUAACAACGCUAGUAUAAUAUUGAGUUUUUGUAAGCACUGCGGCGAGGAUUAUGCUGGUUUGGUACCCAAAAGAGUAAGAGAGCUUGCGGACAAACUGAACGUUACCUUACCCAAGAGUAAGCUACUCACGCCAGAUAAGCAACAAAACGUGAGGUCGUUAUUGCGCGAUUAUUACAACUCCCUGUGCAAGCAUCUCUUGAAGGACCACAAGGAGCUACAAGCUUUUGAAAAGCAAAACAGAAAGAUUCUACAAACUAGGGGUGAGCUUAGCUCAGAGAGGAAAGAAAAGCUUGAAUCUCUCAAACUUUCUUAUGAGCGCUUGCUGCUGAAUGUACAGAACUUUUCCGACACACUGGAUGAGCAAAUGCCAGAGCUGCCGAUCGACAAUGAAGUGAAGACCGAAGCGGAUGAGACGCUGAAGAUGAUCAGUGAAGGCGAGGAGAACACCACGAUGGAAGACAUGUGGGGAGAUGAGGAGACGCGACGGUUCUAUGAGGUUCUUACUGAUCUGACUUUUAUCUUGCCUGGCUCCUUUGCCAAAGAACAACUGGCCAAGCAGGAGAAGCAGGACACCACGAUAACCGAAGAAGUACUGGACCAGGAUCUGACGUUCGAUGAACUCGAGGACAUUGAAAAAGUGGAGGAGCCCGAGCCGGAGGUUGAAGAGCCGCAGGUUACGAAUAUUAGUAACAAGAUCAUGCUGGAUGCGUUCAUAUCCCAUCUGCCGAACUGCGUAAACCGGGAGACGAUUGACAACGCAGCUGCGGAUUUUAUUAUGACUCUCAACACCAAGCACAACAAGAAGAAACUCAUCAAGGCUCUCUUUGGCGUGUCGCGCAUCCGUCUGGAUCUUUUACCUUUUUACUCGCGACUCGCGGCUAUUCUUCACCCUGUAAUGCCCGAAGUCGGCAACGAGCUUUGCCAAAUGCUAAAGCACGAUUUCAAAUACCACGUGCACAAAAAGGACCAGAUCAACAUCGAGUCCAAGAUCAAGGUGGUGCGCUACAUCGGCGAGCUCGUCAAGUUCAAGCUCUACUCGAAAAUCGAGGCCCUCUACUGCCUCAAGGUCCUGCUCCAUGACUUCACCCAUCACCACAUCGAGAUGGCCUGCAACCUACUCGAGACCUGCGGUAGGUAUCUCUUUUGCUCUCCGGACUCUCAUCAGCGCACCAAAGUCUACCUCGAGCAAAUGAUGCGCAAGAAAGCCGUCACCGCUUUGGACUCACGCUACGUCACCAUAAUCGAGAACGCCUAUUACUUUGUGAAUCCACCCGAGAGCCUCGGUAGCAUGCCGAAAAAGUACAGGCCACCCAUGCACGAGUUCAUACGGAAGCUGCUCUACCAGGAUCUGUCCAAGACGAAUACGGACAAGGUUCUCAAGUGGAUGAGAAAGCUCGAGUGGGACGACGAAGGCGUCGCUUCUUACGCCAUCAAGUGCCUCACCGCGGCGUAUAACGUCAAGUAUCUGAACAUACGCUGUGUCGGUAGCCUACUAGCGGGUCUCGUGGCGCAUUACGAGGCAGUCGGGCCGUUCGUGGUCGACGGCGUACUCGAGGACAUAAGACUUUGCAUGGAGAUCAAUUUGCCCAAGUAUAACCAGCGUCGUAUCGCCAUGGUCAAGUAUCUAGGGGAGCUCUACAAUUACAGGAUGGUCGAGAGCAGCGACAUAUUCAGGACACUGUACCUCUUGAUUACGUUUGGUGUGAGUAUGGACCACUCGGUGCCGAGUUCUCUCGAUCCUCCCGAGCACCUGUUCCGCAUCAGGCUAGUCUGUGUGCUGCUGGAGACCUGCGGUCAGUACUUUAGCAACGGUUCGAGCAAAAAAAAGCUCGACUACUUCCUCGUGUUCUUUCAACACUACUAUUGGUUCAAGAGGACGGACCCGGUCUGGACACCCGACAAUCCGUUUCCCGUUGGUGUCAACUACAUGUUCCGGGAUACACUCGCCAUGUUAAGGCCAAAGAUACGGCUCAUUGAGAGCUUGAAAGAAGCCCAGGACGCAAUAGAGGAGCUCAAACAUACGUUGUAUCCCAACUUGGAGACAGAAGUACCGACCGACGAAGAGACAGGUGACAUGAACACGAUACCGGAGGUUGACGAAGAAGCUCCAGCAGUAGAUAAUAGUGAUGCAAAAACAGAGUUGCACUUUGAAGAAGUGGAAGACGCGUCUGAAGUACAAACCGAUGACGAUGACGACGACGACGAUGAUGAGGAGGAAGAAGACGAGUGGACGAAUGGAGCUAUGGACGGGCGUCAUGGAAAGCUGCCGCGACAUACCGAGGGUACGCAAGACAAUACUCAGGGUGAGGGUAACAGUCUAUCGGAAGGAGGUGGCACGGUGCUGAUGGACGCAGAGAUGGUCUCAGUACUACCUUCAGGUCCGAAACGUAUCCUAUGCCCGGAAGAUGACGACUUUCUGUCCGCUCUCGACAAGAUGGUCUCGGACAACAUUCAGGAUAGGAUGCGCGAGGGCGCGAAAUCCCAGCAGGUGGAUAUAUCGGUACCACUCCACGUUAAAAGUACUAAAAAGACGUACGAGCAGCUCCAGGAGGCACCUGUCACGGACUCCUCGACCGUUGACUUUGUUCUGAUGUUGCGCAAAGGAAAUAAACAGCAGUACAAGAAUUUGGCAGUGCCAGUGUCUUCCGAACUAGCAAUGAACCUGAGAAACAGAGAACAGGAGCAGAAGGAAGAGAAGGAACGGGUCAAAAGACUGACGCUCAAUAUCACGGAGCGUCAAGAGGAAGAAGAUUAUCAGGAAGCGAUCAAUCAAGGUACCAGGCCUGUUACGGUUAAUCUUAAUAGGGAGAGGCGGCAAAAGUACAACCAUCCAAAAGGUGCACCUGAUGCCGAUCUCAUUUUUGGACCUAAGAAGAUUAGGUAAGAGAACUGGUAUAUUGAUGGUCGACCUUUCUUUUCUUCGUCUUCUCCUAUUGUGAAUAAUAAUGUAUUUUGAGCGGCUUUUUUCCAUUUUGUUGUAUCAUAAGGAAAAAAAAAUUUGUAAGUUUGUAACUUUACUUUGUAAAAAUAGUUUACGUACUAUCGUGCUAGGCUGUAAGGGGUAACAAGAAUACAAGUGUCGAAUUACACUAGAUAGUGUUUUCCAUGUGAAACCAAUUUUUUUUUUUUUUUUUUUUUUUUUAACAGUAUGAAUUUCAUAAUUUGUAAGGCGCUUGUAAUUAGAUAUAAAAAAAAAG